GAAUGUGUGCACAUGCGCAUUUAAUUGGGUGAUGCUCUAUGUGUUCUUGCAAACGACAUUAACAUUACUAAUAUAGUUUGUGUAUAAAAGUUCAGUUCUGAGGAAUUUCAUCUAUUGGUUAUACAUUUGACUCGUUAGUUGAAAGGAGAUACAACGUGUUUCGUCGUUUUGCAAUUCUCAAAACAAAAAUCAUUAUAAUGGAAAACCGUGAUUAAAGCAACAAAUAAAAGUGAAAAUAAAAGAGAUAUUUUCGAGACGCUUACCACUUUUGAGCGAUAUGAGUGUACGGGGCUAUUCGGACUCCCUGUUCCGUCAACCACAGUUCAGCGGCUUGCGGCUGCACUCACCAUUGCACACGCCACAGCAAAGAAAAAACAUGGGCCGCCAAUCGACAGCUGUGACAUACCAGAUUAAGUUUUUAUUGACUCUAUACUUUGAAUUAUGAAGCCUAUCGUGGAAUUAUCACUGAUACUGAUUUUAAUAAAUUUUUAUGCUGUGUCGCAAAAAACUGUUGUAGAAUAUCCCUCUUUUUUUAACAUUGGAGGAGUACUCAGUAAUAAUGAUAGUGAAACUCAUUUUUCUAUGGUUAUUGCGCAUUUAAAUUUUGACCAGCAGUAUGUCCCUAGAGGUGUAACAUAUUACGAUAAAACUAUUCGAAUUGACAAAAAUCCAAUCAAAACUGCGUUAGACGUUUGUAAACAUUUGAUUUCAAGACGGGUCUACGCAGUUGUUGUUUCACACGAGCCUACUGGAGAUUUAUCACCAGCAGCUGUCAGUUAUACUAACGGAUUCUAUCAAAUUCCUAUCAUUGGUAUAUCAUCGCGAGAUGCGGCGUUUUCGGAUAAAAAUAUUCACGUGUCAUUUCUUCGUACUGUUCCACCAUUCUAUCAUCAAGCGGAUGUUUGGCUUGAAAUGCUGAGUCAUUUCGGGUACACCAAGGUGAUCAUUAUACACAGUUCAGACACGGAUGGUAGAGCAAUUUUAGGACGCUUCCAAACAACUUCUCAAACUAAUUAUGAUGAUAUAGAUGUUCGUGCAACAGUAGAAAGCAUUAUAGAGUUUGAACCGAAGCUCGACACAUUUUCGGAGAAUUUGCUCGAGAUGAAAACAGCACAGUCUCGAGUUUAUUUACUCUAUGCGAACUCUGAAGAUGCUCACGUCAUAUUCCGAGAUGCUGCACAAAAUAAUAUGACAGAGACUGGUCACAUCUGGAUCGUGACCGAACAAGCACUGCAGGCCAACAACACACCGAUAGGGGUUCUAGGGUUAAAGUUAAACUAUGCCAAUAACGAGAAUGCGCAUAUAAGGGAUGCGAUUUAUGUUUUGGCGUCUGCGAUAAAAGAAAUGAUGACUUACAAUGAAACAAUCACGGAAGCGCCAAAGGAUUGCGACGACACAGGUUCCAUAUGGGAAUCAGGAAGGAAAAUGUUUAAUUAUCUUAAAACCCGUAAUAUCCGUGGUGCUACUGGACAGGUUGCCUUCGAUAAUAAUGGAGACAGAAUGUUUGCAGAAUACGAUGUAGUCAAUGUACAACAUCCUUCAUCAUCAAUGGUUAACAAAAAUAUUGUUGUCGGUAACUUGCUUUACGAUACUGAGAAAGGAAGAAUGAAACUCAGAAUUAAUGAUACAGCUUUGAUAUGGCCAGGAAACACGGAGAAAAAGCCAGAAGGAAUUAUGAUUCCAACACAUUUGAAGGUUUUAACAAUUGAGGAAAAACCUUUUGUAUAUGUUCGAAAGCUGUUGGAUGACGAAAUUUAUUGUGAUAGUGAUGAAAUUGUGUGUCCUCACUUCAACACCACUGACGGAAACGAAAACGACUUUUGCUGCAAAGGUUACUGUAUUGACUUAUUGAAAGCACUUGCGUUACGUAUAAAUUUCACCUUCGAUUUGGCGUUAUCUCCUGAUGGUCAAUUUGGUCAUUAUCAGCUCAAAAAUCACACAACAGGAAUUGGUACAAGUGUCAAGAAAGAGUGGAAUGGUUUGAUUGGUGAACUGGUAGCAGAACGUGCUGAUUUAAUAGUAGCACCUCUUACGAUCAACCCAGAGAGGGCUGAGUUCAUCGAAUUUUCUAAGCCGUUUAAGUAUCAAGGCAUUACCAUAUUGGAGAAGAAACCAUCUAGAUCAAGUACGCUGGUAUCUUUCCUGCAACCAUUCAGCAACACUUUGUGGAUAUUAGUGAUGGUGUCUGUACACGUAGUAGCAUUGGUCCUUUAUUUACUGGAUAGAUUUUCCCCGUUCGGGCGCUUUAAACUUACUACCAACGAUGGAACUGAAGAGGAUGCGCUCAAUCUAAGCUCCGCAAUUUGGUUCGCUUGGGGAGUUCUUCUCAACAGCGGAAUUGGAGAAGGCACUCCCAGAAGUUUUUCUGCAAGAGUUCUAGGUAUGGUUUGGGCUGGAUUCGCUAUGAUCAUUGUGGCUUCAUAUACAGCCAAUUUAGCAGCAUUUCUUGUGUUAGAACGACCCAAGACAAAGCUAUCCGGAAUAAAUGAUGCUCGUUUACGCAACACGAUGGAAAAUUUAACCUGCGCUACUGUUAAAGGUUCUGCUGUGGAUAUGUACUUUCGAAGACAAGUAGAAUUAUCCAACAUGUACCGAACUAUGGAAGCAAACAACUAUGCUACUGCUGAACAAGCUAUUCACGAUGUCAAGCAUGGUAAAUUGAUGGCUUUUAUAUGGGACUCUUCUCGUUUGGAAUACGAGGCAGCAAAAGAUUGUGAGCUAGUUACAGCAGGAGAGCUCUUCGGCAGAAGUGGCUACGGUAUAGGAUUACAGAAAGGUUCUCCUUGGACAAAUGCCGUAACCCUAGCAAUACUUGAUUUCCACGAAAGCGGCUUCAUGGAAUCACUUGACAAAGAAUGGAUUUUCCACGGGAAUAUACAACAGUGUGAACAGUUUGAAAAGACUCCAAACACAUUGGGUUUGAAAAAUAUGGCUGGUGUUUUUAUUCUCGUUGGCGCUGGUAUAGUUGGAGGAAUAGGAUUAAUCAUAAUUGAAGUAAUCUAUAAAAAACAUCAAAUAAAGAAACAACAAAAGAUGGAAAUUGCGAGACAUGCAGCGGAUAAGUGGAGAGGAACAAUUGAGAAACGAAAAACGUUGCGCGCAUCCCUGGCCAUGCAGCGACAGUAUAAUGUGGGACUAAAUUCUGUAUCUAAAUCAAUCAGCCAGGUUGAAGACAAAAAUCGGUACACGAAACUAACCCUAUUACCACGUGCGGCGGAGAGAGCGUGGCCAGGUGACCAUGAGGUAACACGGAACCGAAGAAACAACGAUCUUACAUUUAAGUCAUCGCCGAGAUAUAUGCCAACAUACGCAACGGAUGUCUCCCAUCUUGUAGUUUAGAAAGGAAAAUUAUACAAAUUGUAGGUUGAAUAAAUUGGUAGAUUAGAUAAAAAUCCGCAGCAGAGAAGAGCGGUGCGUUGAUACGGAUUUUGUAGUUUGGAGUAUGAGUCACAUGACAUUGCUCGUUUCUGACAUCUAAAAACAAAGAAAAAAAAUUAAUUCAGCUAACAAAUUGACAAGUAGUUCACAAUGUAUCUAUCUAUAAACAUAAGUAGGGUUCGUUGCGAUUGCGGUAAUUACCGGUAAUUACGGAAUUUACCGCACCCGCACCGCAAAAACUGCGGUGCGGUGAGAUACUUUUUCCAACGGAUGCGGUGCAGGAAAUGAGCUUUUACUGCGCGGUAUUACCGCAACCGCACUUCAAAGAAUAAUUGAUAAAGGCUACAGUCUGCAUUAAAAAAUGAAUUAAAACUAUAACUUUUACCAUUUGAGAAGGACGCAACUAGAUUUACGAGUUUUACUUAUCACCUUACAAUAGAGAAACAUAAUAAACAAUUAAUUGCUCCAAUUUCCAUGGACUUGACAAUGAUUUGAAAAGAAACCCGAAUAUAUCUGUAUUCGAUC